AUGUUAAGGAUGUGAAGAAAGACUCUCCCCCAGAGUUCCGUAUCAUGCUCAGAGACACCCGUGUGAUAGAGCACCACCCAGCGACAUUUGACUGUCAGGUUCUGGGACAUCCUACACCAACUGUCUUCUGGAGGAAGAAUGGCAAGAAACUGGAGGAAAACAUCCGCUGGAAAUUCAUUUAUCCAGAACACGAGCAUGGAAGCCAUACCUUCCUGAUCUAUGAAACGAUGCCUGAAGACCAGGGCACAUAUGAGUGCAUCGCUGAAAACCCGACUGGCAAGGCUACAUCCGUGGCCAAACUGACUGUGGAAACUGCCAAAGUUCCAGCAACACCAGAGACUCCAGCCCCUGAGCAGAAAGUCCCCCAGGUGGCGCCAAAGGUAGAUCUCAAGAUGGUGGACCUGACUGUAAAAGAAGGAGAAGUAGCCACUUUCAAAUGCAAGAUUACUGGAUCACCAACCCCAGUUAUUACCUGGUACCUAGACAACCAGGUCAUCAAGCCAUCCAAGUACUUCAAGAUGGAGACUGUGGGUCCUGUCCACACCCUGACUGUCACCGAGGCCUUCCCAGAGGAUGAGGGGCAGUACAGGUGUACUGCUGUCAACCCCAGUGGAGAGGCUUCUACCACAGCCUACCUCAACAUAAUAAUGCCUGUUACAGAAGAAGAAAAACCACCAGCUGAGGAGGUUGAAGGACCACGUUUCAUCAAGCCUAUUGCCAGUGUGGACAUCAUGGAGGGCAACCCUGUCACUUUUGAAGCUCAAAUUGAAGGCAAGCCUGCCCCCGAGGUCACCUGGUUCAGAGAGGGUGUGGCCAUUAAACCUUCAGCCGACUUCCAGAUUCUCAAAGAAGGCAACCGCGCAGUCCUGAUCAUUAAAGAGGCAUUCCCAGAGGAUUCUGGCAUUAUCACCAUCCAGAUCAAGAACUCUGUGGGUGUGGCCGAAUGCUCUGCACAGCUCUAUGUGGAAGAAGAAGUUAGCUCCCAUGAAAAGGAGGUUACUGAUGCUACAUAUGUGCUGCAGAUGCCAGAUAUAGAUCAAGAGGAAAGGGAACUCACUGAGAAGAUCAUAUCUGAAGAGGAGCUCGAAAAAGACCAGCAGAGAGAGGUUGAGGUCCGCAUUGGCAAGAUUUCUCAGCCAAUCAAACCAGCUGUUAUCAAACCUAUAGUCCCAACAAUCACUGUAGGCAGAGGAAAGACUGCCAGACUUGAUGUCCAGGUUGCAAGUUUCCCACCUCCCAAAUUUAAAUGGUUUGUCAACGGCAUGGAGAUUGUUCCAUCCAAGAAGUUCCAGGUUUUUAUGGAAGGCAGUGUCAUCUCUCUGAUUAUAGUCAACGUUGACGAGAAGGACCUUGGCGAGUAUGUGCUCCGGGUCUGGAAUGAUAUGGGAGAAGUUGUCUGCAAGACCACUCUCAACAUACCAGCUUCAGAAAAGGAGGUUGUAAUCACAAUGCCUCCAGAAUUCAAGAAGCCACCUAAACAAGAGGUCAAGACGCAGCCAGGAAAAGUAGCCAAGAUUGAAUGCUUGGUCCAGGCCUACCCACCACCAAAGGUUACUUGGUACAAGGACAAGGACAUAGAACUCCAGCAGUCUUCUAAAUACCAGAUGACCACCAAGGAACAUGUGGUCAUUAAUGAGCGUAUCUGUAUCUUGACCAUCAAUGAUAUCCAGCCUGAAGACACUGGGGAUUACACUGUCCGUGCUGAGAACAAGCUUGGUGAAGUAACCUGUAGGACUUCUCUGGUCAUUGCUCCUGAAACUAAGGAUAUAGAAUUGGUUGAGGGAGUGGAGACAGUCACCACCACCACAGUGACUGAGAAAGUGACCAGAACCAUGGACUAUACUGAGGAGGAAGAGGACAGGAGGAUGACUGUCACCAGAGGUCCUCCACAGUUCACAGAGCCACUGAAACCUGAGAUCAGAGUGCCUGUCAGAGGCAUUGCCAGACUGGAGUGUGUUGUCCAGGCCCAGCCACCACCCAUUGUGUCCUGGUAUGUUAAUGGAGAGGAGCUGUACCCAGGUCCUCACUAUGAAAUCUUGACUGAGGAUGACAAGGCUGUCUUGCUUAUCAUUGAUGUUGGUCCUCAGGAUACUGGAGAGUAUACAUGUAGGGCCAAGUCUGAGGAAGGAGAGGCCAUCAGCAGUACUACUCUCUAUGUUGAACCAGAAAGAGCCGUAGAACAGCAACCACCUAGCAAAGAAGAAGAGAUGAUCCCACCAGAGUUCACCAAGCCCUUGGAGCCAUUCGUUGCCACUGAUGGUGAUGAAGUUGUCAUGCGCAUCAAUGUCACCGGCAAACCUGCACCAUCAGUCUCCUGGUACUUCAAUGACAACUGCAUUGAUGACAGCGAGGAUUUCAUCAUCAAGUAUAACCCAGACACUGGGGACAGUGUCUUGACUAUUGUGGAGGUGUUCCCUGAAGACCAAGGAGAGUACAAAUGUGUGGCUCUGAACCCUGUGGGAGAGGCUGUCUGCGUGGCUGGGCUGCAGGUGCUGGAUGUGAUCUCUACAACUGAAGAGGAACCCAUGCCUGAUGUCAUGACAAUGUCUGCCACGAGUGAGACAAUAGAACAAGCCUAUGAAGCAGAACAGGCUGCUUUCACCAUUCAGAUCCCUGCAAUGGGACCUGAAGAGGAAGAGCAGGAGAUGGAGGUGGAAGAGACCCCAGAGAUUGUCAUAGAAGAGAGAAGAGAGGUAGUCACUACAACCACGGAUGACACGGAGGAAGCUUUCACUGUAGAGAUUGUUGCAGAAGAAGAGGCACCAGAAGAGGAAGUGCCAGAGGAAAAACCAGCUGUUGUUGAGGUGCCAGUAUCAAAACCAGAAGAGGCACCAAAAGAGGCUCCAGUGGAAGAGAAACCAGCUGUCCGGAUUGCCACAGAGGCUAAAGCAGAGCCAACACCAGAGGUUGCUCCUUCUCAAGAGGUGGAGAUGACUUUGCAGGUGAAACAGGAGCCUGUAACUCCCAGCCCAACUCCUAUUACUGGCGAAGAACAAUUGGAAACUGCUGAUGUGACUCAGGUAAUUGGAGCUGUGCAGCAAAUCUUGAUUGAUACCAAAGGGAAGGAAGAUGUCGCCAUAGACAGCACUACCAGAACUGAAGAGACUAUCACACAGGAUCAGGUGGAUGCACCUUCCAGGGUCACUGAGACCAUUACCGUGGAGAAAGACCAACAACCUGAGGCUGUUGAGAUGCAAUUUGUCAUCGAAGAACAGCCACAAGUCACAGAGGAAGUCACGAGGGUCGAGACUCAGGUGACAGAGGUACGGGAAGAGAUGAUUCCACCUAAAUUCACUGUCCCCAUCAAACCCCAGGCAGUCAAGGAUGGCGAUGAGGUGACCUUCACCUGUACUGUGAUUGGGAAACCCACUCCUAAAAUCACCUGGUACAAGGAUCAUAAAGAGUUUGAUUUGAACAGCGAUAUGAGGAUCGCUUUUGAUGAAGAGACUGGAGUUGCCACAUUUGAGUUGUUGUUUGUUACCCAAGAUGAUCAGGCCAUCUACACUGUGUGUGCUGAGAACCCUGCUGGCAAGGCCACAGUCACAGCUAACUUGAUUGUGCUGCCUGCUGAUGCUGGCCCCAUCACCUCCACUACUACCACAGUGAUGGAGAAGGAAGGCAUAGUGGUCAUGGAUGAGAGAGGUCCUCAGUUUACCAAGAUGCCAGAGCCAGUGCAGGUCACAGAGGGGCAGGAUGCUAAGUUUGAAAUUCAAGUUACUGGAAGCCCGGUGCCAACAGUUACCUGGUACAAGAGUGGUGUGGAGAUCCACCCCUCAGACAGAGUGACCAUUACUGUUGACAGUGGCCUGUCUGUUCUGAACAUAAGCAAGGUCACUCCAGAUGACAGUGGUGACUAUGCGGUCAAAGCGGUCAAUGAGUUUGGAGAGAUGACCUGCAGGACAAUGCUGAUAAUAAGGAAGGUACAAGAAGAGAUGCACCCACCAAAAUUCACCAAGCCUAUAAAGCCACAGGUUGUUCAAGAUGGUGAGGAUGUGACAUUCAGUGCAGUGGUCACUGGAAAACCAACACCAGAAGUCACUUGGUAUAGGGACCAGGUGGUUAUCACCCCCAACGAGGACAUUUCCAUUACUUUUAAUGAAGAAACUGGUGAAUGCACACUGUUAUUACGUGAAGUUUUCCCAGAGGACAGUGCUGUAUACACUAUUACUGCCACUAACCCUGCUGGGAAAGCUACCAUUACAGCCAACCUGGUUGUGACUGAAAAAAUGGAGGAAACUGUAGAAGUGAUCCAGGUUCAGCCAGAGAAAAUGGAUGUGUCUGAGACCAGGGAAGUGACCAGAGUGGUCCAGCAGGAGGUUGUGGAUGAGGCAGGUGACAUGCAGCCCCCCAGGUUCUCAAAGCCUAUUCAGCCACAGGUUGUGAAUGAUGGUGAUGAUGUGACAUUCAGCUGUGUUGUCACUGGUCAACCUACCCCAGAGGUCACAUGGUACAGGGACCAGGAGAAACUGACCCCCAAUGAGGAUAUAACCAUCACGUAUAAAGAAGAGACUGGUGAAUGUACUCUUUUGAUGUAUGGUAUCUUUCCUGAAGAUGCUGCCGUUUAUUCUGUGACAGCCACCAACCCAGUGGGCAAAGCUACCAUCUCUGCCAAUUUGAUUGUGCAGAGUCCAGAAGAGGGUCCUAUCAUUGAGACCACAACUACUGUAAUCAAGAAAGAAACCAUCUCACAGAUUUCCGAGUCGGAAGGUGAGACAGAGAGGCACUUGACUGUAAUUGAGCAGCAAUCCCCAGAGUUCACCAAGACACUGAAGCAGACGACAGAGGUCACAGAGGGAGAAACUGCUGUACUCAAAGUUGAGAUAGAGGCUGAGCCCAAGCCUAAGGUCACAUGGCAUGUCAAUGGGCUGGAGGUCAUGCCCAGCAAACACCUUCAGGUGGAUGUCAUGGAGAAAGUCUCUGUGUUGAAGAUAUUUAAUGUGACACCUGAGGAUGCAGGGGACUAUGUAUGCAAGGCUGAGAAUGAGCUGGGAGAGAUGUCUUGUACUACCACUCUUGUUGUUAACAAGCCAAAGACUGUUGAACUUAAACCAGCCCCUGGGGAUAAGGUCCCAGUGACAGAAAAACCAGAGCAGGCUACUGCAGGCAAGCUACCAGCCUCAUCAGAAUCUUCCUCAAAAUCUGAGUCUGAACAAGAAAAAUUCCCUGAAAAAGAGGGUGAACGUUCCCCAACAGAGCCAGUUGAAAUGCCUGUAGAAGAACAAGUGCCAGAAGAACAGCCAGUUGUGAUUGGUGAGGCACCAGACUUCAUCAAGCCUCUCUGCUCACAGAAUGUCAUGGAUGGAGACAGUGUCACUUUCCAUGUGAAAUUCACAGGUUACCCAGCACCAACAAUCACAUGGUUUCAUAAUAAAAAACUUGUUGAACCAGGGCCUGACUUCAGACUGGGCACUGACCGUGAAAGAGGGGACAGCAUCCUUCUGAUCCCAGAGGUCUUCCCUGAGGAUAAAGGAGAAUACAUGGCAAUAGCAGUCAAUGACUUUGGCAUGGCUGAGACAACAUGCAGGCUCAUUAUAAUAACAUCAGAAUCGGAGCAGUCCUUUGAUUCCUCUGAAGAAGAGAAAUCUUACAAAGUGGUAAAAGAUACAGAUGUUCAUACCCAGAUGACACAGAUAUCUCAGCAACAGCUGCCGGAGGAGCUUCAAAUCCGGAUCCAGUCUCCAGAACAGCCUGUUCCAGGAGAAGAAGAUGAGGAGCAUUACCAGGAGACAGUGGAGGUCCAGGAGUACAGAGACGCCUCUCAGGAAUACGAGAUCAAAUUUGAACCACACAAGCCAGUCACAAGCACGGCGGAAGUGCAGCAAGUUUUACAACCACAGCCUCAAGGGUACAAGAUGGACAUUGAAAUCCAGGGUGCCCCCAGUGAGACCAGCUCCAUUGUGGUGCAGCCAAAAAGUGAAGAGGUUUCUCCUGAAGUACGCCAGACUCAGCAAGUCAUUAUCAGUUUGGAACACCCAGAGAAAAAGAGCACCGAGGUGCGCAGAGAGGAGACUCACACAGAAGAGGUUGAUGGGACAGUGAAACAUGAAAUCCGUACCAUGGUAUCCAAAGAGAGUGAAAUCACAACAUCAGAUGUGGAAGAGACAGAGGAGUACUGGACUGAGACUUUGUCCGAGUCAGAGAAAGAAGUUAUGCUGCAGGAAGAGUAUGUGGUGCCAGAGGAAGUCCCUGAGUGGGCAGUAGCACCACAGUUCACUUGGGGUCUCAUGUCUCUUAAAGUCAUGGAUGGAGAGGAGGUGAAAUUUUGCUGUGAAGUCACUGGCACUCCCUCACCCACAAUCACCUGGUACAAGAACAAUAAACUGCUUAAAGAGAACCAGGACUUUAAGAUGGAGUAUAGCCCAGAGUCUCACUCCUGCACUCUGAUGAUAGUAGAAGUCUUCCCUCAAGAUUCUGGAGAAUACAAGUGUGUGGCUAGGAAUAUUGCAGGCCAGGCUAUAACAUCUGCUAUGCUGGAGGUUGAAUCCUAUGAAUAUGUUGCUGAUACGGAAGAAGCUUCAGAAUCCUUGAUGUCAUCAGCCUCAGUAGGGUCAGCUUCCCCAGUCAGGCUUGCCAGCACUGAUCAGGUCACAUUGCUGUCAGAAACACACCAAAUUGUCGAAGAACUAGAGAGACUCAGAGCCCACAUUCACGAGCAGUUUUCCAGUGGAGAAUCUGAAAAAUCAGAGGUUACGGCCAAAACUUGGAAGACUCAGCUUUCUGAAGAGGUGUUUGAAGCUGCUCCUCAAGACAUGAAACCUGAGGAAGCCAAGGACUUACCUGUUAGUGUCUCAGAAAUGUCUGUAACACCAGGAGAAGUCACAGUUACCUUUGAUUCUUCCAAAAUUUCUCAGGAAGAGAAGAAAGUUGAGCAACAAGUAGCCAAAGAUGAAACAGACUUUGUGAGUGAGGUAUCUUUUGAGACUACUCCUCAGCAGUUACAGAAACAAGAGGUUAUCAUUGAAUUUGGAAAACCAGCUCCAUCAACAGCAAAAAUGAGGGCUGCAGCUCAAGGGCCAGUUGAGGAACAACACGUUGUUGAAGAAAUACCAGCAGAAAUCCAACCAGAUGUUACUGAGAGAAAGGAGAUCACAGUUGAAGUAGCAAAGCCAGAGACUGAACGUAAAGAAAUGGUAGCACAACCUCAGCUAAUGACAACAACCGAAGAGGCAGCUGAAGAGGAAUUCUAUGAUGCUCUGGAAGAACAUGCCAUGAAAGAUGAGGAAGUGUCAGCUGAGCUUCAAACCACUGUUCCAAAAAGGCCAGAGUCUAGGACAGUACAACAGCAAAUUGAAACAGUUGAACAAACAAUAGAAGACUUCAAAGAUGGUCCUAAACAGACUUCUGUUCAACCUGAAGAAACUAUACAAGAACUUGGGGAAGCUGAAAGAGCUGUGCCUGAAAGUAGGGCAUCAGAGCAAAAGCACAUCACUGAACACAUGGUUUCAGAAGAUGUUUUGCCUGAUGUGGGUGAAGAAACAAAGGGUGAAGAGCAGAUAAUUGUUGAAUUAAAACCCUCUGAAGCAAAAGGUACCGAAGCUCUUACUGAAGAACAACAAACAAUUGCUGAACAAGAGGCUGCUGAACAUGUGGCUCCAGUUGAAGAAGAAACCAAAGGCACUGAAGAAGUCAGAGUUGAUUUGGCUGGUGCUGAAAAAGCUGCAGAAGAAACUAGAACAGAAGAACAAAAGGCAGUCUUAGAACAAGAGGCUGCUGAACAUGUGGCUCCAGUUGAAGAAGAAACCAAAGGCACUGAAGAAGUCAGAGUUGAUUUGGCUGGUGCUGCGAAAGCUGCAGAAGAAACUAGAACAGAAGAACAAAAGGCAGACUUAGAACAAGAGGCUGCUGAACACGAAGCUCCAAUUGAAGAAGAAACCAAAGGCACUGAAGAAGUCAGAGUUGAUUUGGCUGGUGCUGAGAAAGCUGCAGAAGAAACUAGAACAGCAGAACAAAAGACAGUCUUAGAACAAGAGGCUGCUGAACAUGUGGCUCCAGUUGAAGAAGAAACCAAAGGCACUGAAGAAGUCAGGGUUGAUUUGGCUGGUGCUGACAAAGCUGCAGAAGAAACUAGAACAGCAGAGCAAAAGACAAUCACAGAACAAGAGGCUGCUGAACAUGUGGCUCCAGAGGAAGAAGAAACCAAAGGCACUGAAGAAGUCAGAGUUGAUUUGGCUGGUGCUGAGAAAGCUGCAGAAGAAACAAGAGCAAUAGAACAAAAGACAAUCACUGAACAAGAGGCUGCUGAACAUGAGGCUCCAGUUGAAGAAGAAACCAAAGGCACUGAAGAAGUCAGAGUUGAUUUGGCUGGUGCUGAGAAAGCUGCAGAAGAAACUAGAACAGCAGAACAAAAGACAGUCUUAGAACAAGAGGCUGCUGAACAUGUGGCUCCAGUUGAAGAAGAAACCAAAGGCACUGAAGAAGUCAGGGUUGAUUUGGCUGGUGCUGACAAAGCUGCAGAAGAAACUAGAACAGCAGAGCAAAAGACAAUCACAGAACAAGAGGCUGCUGAACAUGUGGCUCCAGUUGAAGAAGAAACCAAAGGCACUGAAGAAGUCAGAGUUGAUUUGGCUGGUGCUGAGAAAGCUGCAGAAGAAACUAGAACAGCAGAACAAAAGACAGUCUUAGAACAAGAGGCUGCUGAACAUGAGGCUCCAGUUGAAGAAGAAACCAAAGGCACUGAAGAAGUCAGGGUUGAUUUGGCUGGUGCUGACAAAGCUGCAGAAGAAACUAGAACAGCAGAGCAAAAGACAAUCACAGAACAAGAGGCUGCUGAACAUGUGGCUCCAGUUGAAGAAGAAACCAAAGGCACUGAAGAAGUCAGAGUUGAUUUGGCUGGUGCUGAGAAAGCUGCAGAAGAAACUAGAACAGCAGAACAAAAGGCAGUCUUAGAACAAGAGGCUGCUGAACAUGUGGCUCCAGUUGAAGAAGAAACCAAAGGCACUGAAGAAGUCAGGGUUGAUUUGGCUGGUGCUGAGAAAGCUGCAGAAGAAACUAGAACAGCAGAACAAAAGACAAUCACAGAACAAGAGGCUGCUGAACAUGUGACUCCAGAGGAAGAAGAAACCAAAGGCACUGAAGAAGUCAGAGUUGAUUUGGCUGGUGCUGAGAAAGCUGCAGAAGAAACUAGAACAGCAGAACAAAAGGCUGUCUUAGAACAAGAGGCUGCUGAACAUGUGGCUCCAAUUGAAGAAGAGACCAAAGGCACUGAAGAAGUCAGAGUUGAUUUGGCUGGUGCUGAGAAAGCUGCAGAAGAAACUAGAACAGUAGAACAAAAGGCAGUCUUAGAACAAGAGGCUGCUGAACAUGUUGCACCAGUUGAAGAAGAAACCAAAGGCACCGAAGAAGUCAGGGUUGAUUUGGUUGGUGCUGAGAAAGCUGCAGAAGAAACUAGAACAGCAGAGCAAAAGACAAUCACAGAACAAGAGGCUGCUGAACAUGUGACUCCAGAGGAAGAAGAAACCAAAGACACUGAAGAAGUCAGAGUUGAUUUGGCUGGUGCUGAGAAAGCUGCAGAAGAAACUAGAACAGCAGAACAAAAGGCUGUCUUAGAACAAGAGGCUGCUGAACAUGUGGCUCCAAUUGAAGAAGAGACCAAAGGCACUGAAGAAGUCAGAGUUGAUUUGGCUGGUGCUGAGAAAGCUGCAGAAGAAACUAGAACAGUAGAACAAAAGGCAGUCUUAGAACAAGAGGCUGCUGAACAUGUUGCACCAGUUGAAGAAGAAACCAAAGGCACCGAAGAAGUCAGGGUUGAUUUGGUUGGUGCUGAGAAAGCUGCAGAAGAAACUAGAACACCAGAGCAAAAGACAAUCACAGAACAAGAGGCUGCUGAACACGUUGCUCCAGUUGAAGAAGAAACCAAAGGCACCGAAGAAGUCAGGGUUGACUUGGCUGGUGCUGAUAAGGUUACAGAACAAUCAAGAACAGAGGAACAACAGGCAAUCACAAUACCAGAGAUGACAGAGGAGGUUGUUCCUGAAAGUAGGGAAACACCUUCUUCAGAUGAGAUAGUAAGUGACCUUGCUGAAGCAGAAAAACAAACUGCAGAGACUAGAGCUGAAGAACAGAAAGCUCCAGCAGAGCUAGAAGAGGCAGCUGAAGUUGCAUCUGCUCUGGAAGAAAAGAAGGAGAUGGAGGAAGUAAGAACAGAGUUAACAUCAGCAGAGACACAAGCCCCACAAACAAUGACACAGGAACAGGUCUCAUUAACUGUUGAAGAAUCUACUGAACAGACACCUAGUGAGGUCUCAGAGGAAGCUAAGAGUGCCAAAGAAUCUUUGGUUGAAUUAGGUAAAGCUGAUGAGAAAUCUGAAGUCACAGUGCAAGAAACCUGGAGUGAGGAGGAAAUGCAGGAGAUAAAACAAUAUGCAGAAGAAGUAUCCAGUGUUAUUGUGUCUCAAGCACAAGAGAUAUUGGUAGACUCUAUCACAUCAACUACUCCAAAAAUGACCUUGGAAGAAGAACAAGUUGUUCCUGUUCAGCUAACUCAGAAAUUUGAAAUUGAAGAAACCCCAUUGGUUCAGAAACCAGAAGAAGUUGAAACCUCCGAAGAAAGUAUUCUAGUAACACAAAAGGUGGAGACUGUUGAGGUGCCUGAGGAUAGCCUACUAGUUGCGCCUAGCUUUGAUAACAUGCUGGAAGAUGUUACCACCAGGGAAGGAAAACAAGUAAAAUUCCAGGUCAUUGUUAGAGGAGUACCAACACCUAAAGUCACAUGGUAUUUGGAUGAAGAAGAAAUCGAAGAAACUGAAGAAACAUUUGUAAUGACUUAUGAGCGCAAUGUAGCCACACUUAUUAUCUUGAAAGUUGUACCUGAGGAUGAAGGAGAUUACAUGGUUAAGGCAGAGAAUGCAGCAGGAGAGUGUACAUCCACUGCGUUUCUUCAAGUGCUUGGGCCUGAAGAAGAUAAGCCAGAAGAAGAGGAGGAGGAAGAAGAAAUGUUCGAGGAAACUGUUGUGGAAGAAAAGAAAUCAUGGGUUGAGGUGAGAACUGAUCUUGUUCAGAAACCAAAACCCGAGGAUGAAGAGAAAUUUAGAGAGACCAUCACUGUUGAAAAACCCGAACAAGAAGUGGAAGAAGAAGAGGAAACAUUUGAAGAAACUGUUAUAGAAGACAAGAAAUCUUGGGUGGAGGUCAGAACUGAUGUUGUCCGAAAGAAACCAGAAAUAGAGCAGACAUCUGAGGAGACUGUAACUGUUCAAAAAACACUCCAAGAAUUGGAGAUGGCAGGAGACACUAUACUGGUUUCACAAAAACCAGAAACAAUAGAACUUCCCCAAGAAAUGGCGCCUGAGAUGUUCCAAGAGACCAUCUUGGUUGAAAAACAACCACAACCAGUUGAUGUUGAAAUAACUACACAAAAGCCACAACCACAAACAUUCCAAGAAGCUAUCUCCAUUGAGAAAGGCCCAGAAGAAGGAGGCCCACAGGAGAGAACACAAGUUGAAAAAUCUUUUGAGGUUAUGGAAACAGAAUUUGGGACAACUACAAUUGAAAGGCAGCAGACAACUACCACAGUGCAGUUUGAAUUUGAAAAGCCAGAACAAAGGGAGACAACAGUAGAAAUAACAGAGUUGACAGCACCCGUGUUUGAGAUACCAUUGACUGAUGUCACUUGCCGAGAGAGGCACUCAGUCACUCUAGAAUGCCGAGUCACUGGGGUCCCCAUGCCUCAGGUGAAAUGGUACUUAGAUGAAGAUGAACUAGAACUUACUUCCAACUACAAAGUCACUUAUGAUAGAGGUGUCUGUAAGCUGGUUAUACUUGAGGUAUCAGAUGCAGAUGAAGGGGAGUACAUGGUGAAAGCUGUCAAUGAAGCUGGUGAGAGCACCUCCACAGGAUAUCUCACUGUAGAAGCACCUGAAAAAGAAGAACAACCAAGGGAGACAACUGAGGAGACAGUCCAAAUUGUUCAACAUGUGGCUGACGUGACAGAAACAGUGGUUGAACAAAUCACAGAAGUUGAGGAGCUCAGAGAAGCUCCUGUCUUCACUAGAACUCUUCACACUAUAGAUACAGUAGAAGGCAAGCCAGUGACUUUCGAAUGUUAUGUCACUGGUCACCCUGAGCCAACGAUUAAGUGGUAUCAGGAGAAUGUUGAGAUCCAGACCAGUGAUCACCUGCAGAUAAGUUACAAAGAUGGCCGUUGCACACUUCACAUACCCAGCUGUACACUGGAGGAUGAAGCAGACUAUGUGUGCGAGGCCGUUAAUGAAGCUGGCAAAAUUACAACAUGGGCCGAACUUUUCGUUGAAAAAGAGACCACAGAUGUUGAAGAAGAAGAAGAAGAACAAACAACUGUCACAGAAGAAGUAGAGGAAACUACCACAGUUACCCAAGAAAUAAUCCAAGAAGUUACACCAGGGGAGAUCUUUACUGAACAGAUUUCUGUUCAGGCACCUGCACAGCAGCCCACUCCAGUAGAACUGGUAUUUGAAGUACCAAAAGAACAAGUCACUGAAGAAGAAACAAUUAUUACAACAGAAACAACUGAAGCUACCAAACCUGAAGUUGCCCCAGUUGUGGAAGAGGUUAUUGAAGAGGAAACAAAAGAAGUAGAAACUGUCAUUGAAGAAGUAACAGAGGUACCUAAGCCUGAUGUGUCUGAGGUAUCAGAAGAGACCAUCACUAUAGAAAAGGAACUACCACAGCCCGUGUCUGAAGUUAAGCCAUCUGCGACAGUUGGUGAAGCUGUGGAGUUGACAUUUGAUGUGGGAGACAAGUUGGCACCUGGAGUAACCCCAGCUGAGGUCCAGAUUUCCUUCCCCAAGGAUGAGAAACCAGAGCAACAGGUAUUUGAACAGGUGCUACAGAAACCAGAGGAGGAGGGUGUUCCUCUCCAAAAGGCAGAGCCUGAAAUCCCUGUACAAGUAGAGUCUCACAGAGAAGAAAUAACGAUUGGUGUAGAGGAAAAAGAAACCAAACUCCUCCCCACAACAGAACAGGUUGAACUAACAGCCCCAGUUGUAGAGAAACCUGAAGUUGGUGAGGCACCUGUCUUUGUCAAGCCACUUAGUAAUGUAACAGAAACUGAAGGAAAGCUUGUCCGAUUUGAAUGCAAAGUUACUGGUCAUCCAAAGCCAGAUAUCACUUGGUCACUUGAUGAAGAACAGCUUGUCGAUGAGCAAGUGUAUGAUUUCAUUGAACUUGAAGAUGGAACCUGUGUACUGGUCAUCCAAGAAACAUUCCCUGAAGAUGAAGGGGAAUAUACCUGUAAGGCUGUCAACCAACAUGGACAGGCAACCAGCACUGCAGAGCUGUUCCUGAAAGCAGAACCAAAGGCUCCAAGUGAUGUAAAGACAAAUGAAGCUAAAGCAACAGAAGAUGCCAUAUUAGCUGAAGCAGUGGAAGAAGAAUUGGUUGAUGAAUCAAUUGCAGGGUGGCAGUCAGAUGUGAUUCCCAAAUCUAUAGAAGGAAGAGAAGAACAGAUUUCAUCUGAAGCUGACGCAGAGCAGGCUGUUGCACCAGCUACAACAAAAGAACAGACAGCACAGUUGGAAUACGAAAUUCCAGAAAAAGUUGCUGUAGAGGCUGUAGUCACACAGCCUGAAGAAGAAAUUUCACAAAAGAAAUUGCUUACUGAAGCCAAAACAGAAGAGGUGGCCAGUGUUGAACUUGAGAUCACAGAGGAAACUAAGCCUGAGGAGGUAUCUCCUGCUCCUAGUGAGGAAGUACCAUCUGAGGAUAAGGAGGCAGAAAAGAAAUUGCCUUCUGAAGCCAAAACUGAAGAACAGGUGGCCAGUGUUGAGCUUGAGAUCACAGAGGAAACUAAACCUGAGGAGGUAUCUACUGCUCCUAGUGAGGAAGUACCAUCUGAGGUUAAGGAGGCAGAAAAGAAAUUGCCUACUGAAGCCAAAACAGAAGAACAGGUGGCCAGUGUUGAACUUGAGAUCACAGAGGAAACUAAGCCUGAGGAGGUAUCUACUGCUCCUAGUGAGGAAGUACCAUCUGAGGUUAAGGAGGCAGAAAAGAAAUUGCCUACUGAAGCCAAAACCGAAGAACAGGUGGCCAGUGUUGAACUUGAGAUCACAGAGGAAACUAAGCCUGAGGAGGUAUCUACUGCUCCUAGUGAGGAAGUACCAUCUGAGGUUAAGGAGGCAGAAAAGAAAUUGCCUACUGAAGCCAAAACCGAAGAACAGGUGGCCAGUGUUGAACUUGAGAUCACAGAGGAAACUAAGCCUGAGGAGGUAUCUACUGCUCCUAGUGAGGAAGUACCAUCUGAGGUUAAGGAGGCAGAAAAGAAAUUGCCUACUGAAGCCAAAACAGAAGAACAGGUGGCCAGUGUUGAACUUGAGAUCACAGAGGAAACAAAGCCUGAGGAGGUAUCUACUGCUCCUAGUGAGGAAGUACCAUCUGAGGUUAAGGAGGCAGAAAAGAAAUUGCCUACUGAAGCCAAAACAGAAGAACAGGUGGCCAGUGUUGAACUUGAGAUCAUAAAGGAAACAAAGCCUGAGGAGGUAUCUACUGCUCCUAGUGAGGAAGUACCAUCUGAGGUUAAGGAGGCAGAAAAGAAAUUGCCUUCUGAAGCCAAAACAGAAGAACAGGUUGCCUCUAUUGAACUUGAGAUCACAGAGGAAACUAAGCCUGAGGAGGUAUCUACUGCUCCUAGUGAGGAAGUACCAUCUGAGGUUAAGGAGGCAGAAAAGAGAUUGCCUACUGAAGCCAAAACCGAAGAACAGGUGGCCAGUGUUGAACUUGAGAUCACAGAGGAAACUAAGCCUGAGGAGGUAUCUACUGCUCCUAGUGAGGAAGUACCAUCUGAGGUUAAGGAGGCAGAAAAGAAAUUGCCUACUGAAGCCAAAACAGAAGAACAGGUGGCCAGUGUUGAACUUGAGAUCACAGAGGAAACUAAGCCUGAGGAGGUAUCUACUGCUCCUAGUGAGGAAGUACCAUCUGAGGUUAAGGAGGCAGAAAAGAAAUUGCCUACUGAAGCCAAAACAGAAGAACAGGUGGCCAGUGUUGAACUUGAGAUCACAGAGGAAACUAAGCCUGAGGAGGUAUCUACUGCUCCUAGUGAGGAAGUACCAUCUGAGGUUAAGGAGGCAGAAAAGAAAUUGCCUACUGAAGCCAAAACAGAAGAACAGGUGGCCAGUGUUGAACUUGAGAUCACAGAGGAAACUAAGCCUGAGGAGGUAUCUACUGCUCCUAGUGAGGAAGUACCAUCUGAGGUUAAGGAGGCAGAAAAGAAAUUGCCUACUGAAGCCAAAACAGAAGAACAGGUGGCCAGUGUUGAACUUGAGAUCACAGAGGAAACUAAGCCUGAGGAGGUAUCUACUGCUCCUAGUGAGGAAGUACCAUCUGAGGUUAAGGAGGCAGAAAAGAAAUUGCCUACUGAAGCCAAAACAGAAGAACAGGUGGCCAGUGUUGAACUUGAGAUCACAGAGGAAACUAAGCCUGAGGAGGUAUCUACUGCUCCUAGUGAGGAAGUACCAUCUGAGGUUAAGGAGGCAGAAAAGAAAUUGCCUACUGAAGCCAAAACAGAAGAACAGGUGGCCAGUGUUGAACUUGAGAUCACAGAGGAAACUAAGCCUGAGGAGGUAUCUACUGCUCCUAGUGAGGAAGUACCAUCUGAGGUUAAGGAGGCAGAAAAGAAAUUGCCUACUGAAGCCAAAACAGAAGAACAGGUGGCCAGUGUUGAACUUGAGAUCACAGAGGAAACUAAGCCUGAGGAGGUAUCUACUGCUCCUAGUGAGGAAGUACCAUCUGAGGUUAAGGAGGCAGAAAAGAAAUUGCCUACUGAAGCCAAAACCGAAGAACAGGUGGCCAGUGUUGAACUUGAGAUCACAGAGGAAACUAAGCCUGAGGAGGUAUCUACUGCUCCUAGUGAGGAAGUACCAUCUGAGGUUAAGGAGGCAGAAAAGAAAUUGCCUACUGAAGCCAAAACCGAAGAACAGGUGGCCAGUGUUGAACUUGAGAUCAUAAAGGAAACAAAGCCUGAGGAGGUAUCUACUGCUCCUAGUGAGGAAGUACCAUCUGAGGUUAAGGAGGUUGAAAAGAAAUUGCCUUCUGAAGCCAAAACAGAAGAACAGGUUGCCUCUAUUGAACUUGAGAUCACAGAGGAAACUAAGCCUGAGGAGGUAUCUACUGCUCCUAGUGAGGAAGUACCAUCUGAGGUAAAGGAGGCAGAAAAAAGACUUCCAUCAGAAGCCAAAACAGAAGAACAGGUCGCUAGUAUUGAACUUGAGAUCACAGAGGAAACAAAGCCUAGAGAGGUAUCUACUGUACCUAGUGAGGAGGUACCCUCUGAAAUUAAGGAGGCUGAAAAGAAACUUCCAUCAGAGACAAAAACUGAAGAGCAAGCAGAAGUUGUCCAACUUGAGAUUUCAGAGAAGGUAGCUGCAGAAGCUGAAGUUAUACAACCAGAAGAAGAAAUUUCUGAAACUCCACAAGUUGAAAAAGAAGCACCCUCAGUCUCAAGAGCUGAAAUUCAAACAGCCAAGGUUGUUUCAGAAACAACAAAGGAAGUGCAACCAAAAGAUACAGUUACAAUUCCUGUGGAAGAAAUUCCUUCUGAAGUUAAGGAGGCAGAAAAGGAAUUGCCUUCUGAAGUUUGUAAGGUUAUUGAGAUAGGGGAGGUCAAAGGUGAGGUUCCAACAUUCAUAUCUGAGUUACAAGAUUUAAGGGUAAAAGAUGGACAGCCUGUAAGGUUUGUGUGUGUUGUGUCAGGUAAACCUAACCAAGUGACAUGGUAUUUAGAUAGGGCUGAGAUUACAGAUGAUGAGGUUUAUGUGAUAUCACGUAGUGAUGAGGGAGUGUGUGAACUUUUUAUUGAGGAAUGUUUUCCUGAGGAUGAGGGUGAGUACAUGGUAAGAGUGGUUAAUGAAUAUGGGGAGGCUACCUCUUUGGCUCAUUUGAUAGUUGAAAGGGAUGAGUUAGAUUUUGGGAUCAUAAAAGAUGAAACAGAUGUCACCCCAGCUGAAGGAGUCCCUAUGAUAAUUAUUGAAGAAGCCCCUGACCAACCAAUUGAUACCCUCGAAGAAGCAUUGGAAGAUGCUUUAGAAGAAGAAAUCUGCAUACCAGAUGUUGGAACUAAGGAAGAGGAGGAGUUGGCAAUCACUGCUGAAAGAGAUAGGUGGCCUGAUGAUGAUGAAACAACAGAGGAGGAUAGGUGGCCUGACACCUCACAUGAACCUGGAAAAGAAAAACAGUUUUCUGAAAGACUAGAUAUUGAUGUGCAGAAAACUCAGCAUGAGGAUGAAGAUGUUGACACCAGUGGAAAAGUAGAAAUUGAAGUUGAUAUUGCAGGUAAAGGUCCAUCUGCAAUUCAACUGAUUGUUUCAAAAUCAGAAGGUCCCCAAAUUUCCCAAGUAACUAAAGAAAUCGAAAAGAAAUCUGUAACUGAGACCUUAGAUAUGGCCACUCCCUACGACGAAAAAGUAGAUUCAGUGAAGCCUGCAGGUAGAACUUUGCCUUUAGGAAGUAAAGAAAAACCAGAUGAAAUUGAAACUGAUAUAUUACCUACCAUAGCUUCCACAAAACCACAGGCACCAAAGUUUGUAACAACAUUGUCCCAUAUAACAUUCAAACCAAGGCAACAAGUUCGCUUUCAGUGUCAAGUCAUUGGAUCACCCAAAAUAAGGAUUACUUGGUAUCUUGAUGAAGAGGUAAUUGAAGAAAGGGAAGAUAUUGAAAUAUCUUUCACAGAACAAGGCAUUUGUACACUAAUCAUUAAGGAGGCACACCCUGAAGAUCAGGGUGAAUAUAUGUGCAGGGCAGUCAACGAUUAUGGUGAGGAUGUGACCAGGGCACUUUUGACCCUCUCAGAGGACACAAUUACAGAAGAGGAAGAGAUCUAUACUUAUGAAGAAGAGAUCAUAGAAAAGGAGUUCUAUGAAUUGUCUCCUGAGGAGGAGGUUCUCCCAUUUGAAUCAUCUGAGAAAAUAAUCACUGCAUACACAUGUGUGAGUCCUACUGAGGAUGUGGGGCCUUUAUUUGAGAAGAAAGACUUCAUAACUCAGAGUGUGAGCCGCACUGUUAUGCAGUUCAUGUAUGCUAGGUUGGACUGGCCACAGGAGCAUGUAUUAGAGGAAACUACCCUGCUUGCUGUAGAAGAGGUAGGGCCUCUUGUCUUGGAGAAUAGGCGUAUUGGUACUAGCAUUCCCUCAAGGGCACCACUGCAGUUCUUACACACUACAGAGUAUACUCAUGAAAUUGAUGAGACAUAUACUCAUCUUAGUGAAAUCAAACCUGAAGAAGAAAAAGAAUCCGUAACAACAGCAACAGUGCCAAAACCUCAAGAAAAAUCUCCAGCUGACAUUGAAGACACACCUGUUGAAGACGUCACAAUAGUACAUCCAACAAUGGGUGAAGAGGGUGUACCCUUGAUGGAAAAAGCUGAAGAAAAAGAAGCUGUGGCACCCAGAUUUGUGGAGUCUUUAAAAGACUUAAAAGCAAAGCCCGGACAACCUGUAGAGUUUGAAGUGCAGAUUAUAGGGAUACCAAAAGAAGUCACCUGGUUCUUAGAUGAGGAAGAGAUAGAGGAGAGUGAGACAAUUGAAGUAACUACCAAAGAUGACACUUCAAAACUAACAAUCCAUGAGGUAACUUCAGAAGACGAAGGGGAAUACAUGUGUAAAGUGGUGAAUGAUUAUGGUGAAAAUACCACGACAGCUUAUCUCACGGUCACAGAAGAAGAAAUUGAGUCUGAGCAUGAGGAAAUAGUUACUGAUAUUACUGAAUCCAAAGUAACUGAAGAUACAAUAGAGGAGAUACAUGAAGAAUUACAUAUAUCUGAAAUGGAAGAGGAUGUCCCAUGUGUGUCAGAAUACCCUUUAGAAGAGUCUUCUGAGAAAAAGAUCCCUACCACUAGUGAGAUGGAAACUACCUACAGUGAGGAAAUCAGCCUUGAUAUUCCUGGCAAACCAGAGAAGUUGCUUCCACUACAAGGGAUUGAAAUUGAGAUACCCAAAGCAAGAGUAGAAGAAAUAAUGGCUGAAAAAACACAAAAAGAAUUGAAGCCAACAAAAGAAAUCACUGCUAUUACAGUAGAAGUCUCUGGUGAAAAGCCCGGUGAACUGCUACCUCUAGAAGAAAUAGAAAUUGAGAUACCAAAGGAGAAAGAACAGGAAAUAGUUCAUGAAAAACCAGACAUAGAGGAAAAACCUGUCAAACAACCAACAGUUGUGACAGAGGAUGUGGUUGAAAAGAAACCAGGACAAUCUCCAAGAUUUGUAACACAUCUCAGCACUGUGACUGCAGAACUGGGUCAACCUGUAACUCUUACAUGCAAAGUGGCUGGACAACCCAAAGAAGUCAUUUGGCUUCUGGAUGAAGAAGAAAUUGUAGAAAAUGAAGAUGUAGAAGUGACAAGAACAGAUGAAGGUGUCUGCAGACUUACACUGCAUGCCGUGCACCCCGAAGAUCAAGGGGAAUAUGUGUGCAGGGCUGUGAAUGAAUUUGGAACAGAUGAGACCAGAGCUUACAUCAUAGUGGUAGAAGAGGAUAUCCCAGAGGUUGAAAUUAUAGAGGUCACAACUGACACUAGAGAAGAGGUAAAAGUUGAAGAUGUGCCAGAAGAAGAAGCAUUUCCGGAGAAGCCACAAAAAGAGGAAAGGCCAACAAGAGAAACCACUGCUCUUACAGUGGACGUCCCUGGUGAAAAGCCAGAUGAACUGUUACCUGUACAAGAAAUAGAAAUUGAGAUACCCAAGGAAAAAGAACAGGAAAUCAUUCCUGAAAAACCUGAGUUUAUUGAAAAACCAACAAGAGAAACCACUGGUAUUACAGUGGAAAUCUGUGGUGAAAAGCCCGGUGAACUGCUACCUCUAGAAGAAAUAGAAAUUGAGAUACCAAAGGAGAAAGAACAGGAAAUUGUUCAUGAAAAACCAGACAUAGAGGAAAAACCUGUCAAACAACCAACAGUUGUGACAGAGGAUGUGGUUGAAAAGAAACCAGGACAAUCUCCAAGAUUUGUAACACAUCUCAGCACUGUGACUGCAGAACUGGGUCAACCUGUAACUCUUACAUGCAAAGUGGCUGGACAACCCAAAGAAGUCAUUUGGCUUCUGGAUGAAGAAGAAAUUGUAGAAAAUGAAGAUGUAGAAGUGACAAGAACAGAUGAAGGUGUCUGCAGACUUACACUGCAUGCCGUGCACCCCGAAGAUCAAGGGGAAUAUGUGUGCAGGGCUGUGAAUGAAUUUGGAACAGAUGAGACCAGAGCUUACAUCAUAGUGGUAGAAGAGGAUAUCCCAGAGGUUGAAAUUAUAGAGGUCACAACUGACACUAGAGAAGAGGUAAAAGUUGAAGAUGUGCCAGAAGAAGAAGCAUUUCCGGAGAAGCCACAAAAAGAGGAAAGGCCAACAAGAGAAACCACUGCUCUUACAGUGGACGUCCCUGGUGAAAAGCCAGAUGAACUGUUACCUGUACAAGAAAUAGAAAUUGAGAUACCCAAGGAAAAAGAACAGGAAAUCAUUCCUGAAAAACCUGAGUUUAUUGAAAAACCAACAAGAGAAACCACUGGUAUUACAGUGGAAAUCUGUGGUGAAAAGCCCGGUGAACUGCUACCUCUAGAAGAAAUAGAAAUUGAGAUACCAAAGGAGAAAGAACAGGAAAUUGUUCAUGAAAAACCAGACAUAGAGGAAAAACCUGUCAAACAACCAACAGUUGUGACAGAGGAUGUGGUUGAAAAGAAACCAGGACAAUCUCCAAGAUUUGUAACACAUCUCAGCACUGUGACUGCAGAACUGGGUCAACCUGUAACUCUUACAUGCAAAGUGGCUGGACAACCCAAAGAAGUCAUUUGGCUUCUGGAUGAAGAAGAAAUUGUAGAAAAUGAAGAUGUAGAAGUGACAAGAACAGAUGAAGGUGUCUGCAGACUUACACUGCAUGCCGUGCACCCCGAAGAUCAAGGGGAAUAUGUGUGCAGGGCUGUGAAUGAAUUUGGAACAGAUGAGACCAGAGCUUACAUCAUAGUGGUAGAAGAGGAUAUCCCAGAGGUUGAAAUUAUAGAGGUCACAACUGACACUAGAGAAGAGGUAAAAGUUGAAGAUGUGCCAGAAGAAGAAGCAUUUCCGGAGAAGCCACAAAAAGAGGAAAGGCCAACAAGAGAAACCACUGCUCUUACAGUGGACGUCCCUGGUGAAAAGCCAGAUGAACUGUUACCUGUACAAGAAAUAGAAAUUGAGAUACCCAAGGAAAAAGAACAGGAAAUCAUUCCUGAAAAACCUGAGUUUAUUGAAAAACCAACAAGAGAAACCACUGGUAUUACAGUGGAAAUCUGUGGUGAAAAGCCCGGUGAACUGCUACCUCUAGAAGAAAUAGAAAUUGAGAUACCAAAGGAGAAAGAACAGGAAAUUGUUCAUGAAAAACCAGACAUAGAGGAAAAGCCUGUCAAACAACCAACAGUUGUGACAGAGGAUGUGGUUGAAAAGAAACCAGGACAAUCUCCAAGAUUUGUAACACAUCUCAGCACUGUGACUGCAGAACUGGGUCAACCUGUAACUCUUACAUGCAAAGUGGCUGGACAACCCAAAGAAGUCAUUUGGCUUCUGGAUGAAGAAGAAAUUGUAGAAAAUGAAGAUGUAGAAGUGACAAGAACAGAUGAAGGUGUCUGCAGACUUACACUGCAUGCCGUGCACCCCGAAGAUCAAGGGGAAUAUGUGUGCAGGGCUGUGAAUGAAUUUGGAACAGAUGAGACCAGAGCUUACAUCAUAGUGGUAGAAGAGGAUAUCCCAGAGGUUGAAAUUAUAGAGGUCACAACUGACACUAGAGAAGAGGUAAAAGUUGAAGAUGUGCCAGAAGAAGAAGCGUUUCUGGAGAAGCCACAAAAAGAGGAAAGGCCAACAAGAGAAACCACUGCUCUUACAGUGGACGUCCCUGGUGAAAAGCCAGAUGAACUGUUACCUGUACAAGAAAUAGAAAUUGAGAUACCCAAGGAAAAAGAACAGGUUAUCAUUAUGAAAGAAACAGAUUUGGAGGAAAAGCCAGUAGACGAGCUCAAGGGUAUUUCAGAUGAUGGAAUAGCAGACAAAUCACAGCGGCCACCUAGAUUUGUAACACAUCUCAGCACUAUGACUGCAGAACUAGGUCAACCUGUUACUCUUACAUGCAAAGUGGCUGGACAACCUAAAGAUGUGAUUUGGCUUUUGGAUGAAGAAGAAAUUGUAGAAAGUGAAGAUGUAGAAGUGUCAAGAACAGAUGAAGGUGUUUGCACACUUACACUACUUGCUGUGCACCCUGAAAAUCAAGGAGAAUAUGUGUGCAGAGCUGUGAAUGAGUUUGGUAUUGAUGAGACAAGGGCUUACAUCAUAGUGGUAGAAGAGGAUAUCCCAGAAGUUGAAAUUAUUGAAGAGAGAUCAGAUACAAUGGAGACAAUAACUGUCCAAAUUGUAGCUGAGGAAGAGGAAUUCUAUCCUGGCAAGCCACUGGAGGGGGAGAAGCCAACAGGAGAAACAGCUGCUAUAACAGUUACUUUCCCAAGUGAAAUGCCUGAGGAAUUGCUACCUCUGCAGGAGAUAGAAAUUCAGAUACCUAAGGAAGAGGGGCAAGAAGUUGUUCUUGAGGUACCAGAAAGCUUUGAGGAAGUGACUGAAAUAGUCAGUGUAACCACUGAAGAAAUUGAAGAGAUGGGUGAAGAAUUUCUUCCAGUCAGUGAAAUUAAAAAAUCAGAGGACCUUUCUGUGCCACAAACAGAACAAACUACAGAAGUUGUCACCGUUACUAGAGAAGACAUUGCUACAGCACCUGAAUUGCCUGAGACUGAACUUGUUAUUCAACCUACACCAGGUGAGGUAUCUCGUCAGGUAGUAGAUGAAAUAACAGAGUCCUUUAUUACAGAAAUGGAAGAAGCUGAUUUACAUGGAGAAGAGGAAAGAAAAGUAGAGGACAUUAGCAAGGCAUUGUUAAAAUUUGAAGAAACUUCUGCAGAGGUAUUUACAGAGGAAUCAGUGGAUCAGUUUUAUUCUGAUUUAAUAUUUGUAAUGCCAUUUGAAAAUGUCAUCUCUAUGCCUGAUGAAAUAGAUUCUCUGUGGCAGCCAUUAUCUAGAGCAGCUGUACAGUUCAUGCACACAACAGAGUACCUGUUUGAUCUUGAGACUAUUGAUGAGGACGAACUAUCAGAAGGUGAACUUGAAAACAUUUCGGAGUGGGAUCUUGGAGAUAAAACUGACCUCCAAUUACAGCAAGAUGUUCAGUCUGAAAUGGCGGAAGAUCUGAAGACAAUUAUUUCACAAAAGGAAGAUAAGGAAGCUGUACCUGAAGUUGCAACACAGCAUUUGGAGGAAAUUCUCUCAGAAAAAGCUGAUGAUGGAAUUUCUCCAGAAAAACUGGAAGAAAUCUGUGAGGCUCCACAAUUUGUUGUUACAAUGACUGACUUGACCUUCCAGCCUGGUCAAUCUGUGGAAUUCACAUGCCAAUUGAAAGGCACUCCAGAAGAGGUAAAUUGGUAUCUGGAUGAGGACAUGCUCUCAGAAAGUGAUACUAUAGAAAUAAGUCCAGUUAAAGACGGUGUAUGCAAAUUAACUCUAUUGGAAACCUUUCCUGAAGACCAGGGUCAGUAUAUGUGUAGGGCAGUUAAUGAAUAUGGUCUUGCUGAAACAAGAUGUGAUCUUAUCCUUCAGCAAGGGGAUGAGGUAAAAGGUUUUGAGGAUGAAGGAGUGGUAUCUCAAGAAGAAGAGAUACCAGAAGUGCCUCAGAAAGUUGAGGAGGCACCUGAAGAGUUCCCAUCUGAGGAAAUGCCUGUUGGUGCCCCUGAGGUUCUUGAGAAACCUGAUGUGGAGGAAGAGAAAGUUGAAGACACUGAGGCAGAGAAGAAACCAGAGGAGACCCAUAAAGCUGAUGAGGUAUCAGAAGAGGUACCAUCAGAGGAAAUGCCCAUUAGUGCCCCUGUGGUUCCUAAGAAACCUGAUGUGAAGGAUGAGGAAGAACAAAUAACUGAGGCAGAAAAGGUACCAAAAGUGCCUCAAAAAGCUGAUGAGGUAUCUGAAGAGGUUCCAUCUGAGGAAAUAGCCAUAAGUACCCCUGAUGUUCCUCUGAAACCUGAUGUGAAGGAAGUGGAAGAACAAAUCGCAGAGGCAGAAAAGGUACCAAAAGUGGCUCAAAAAGCUGAUGAGGUAUCUGAAGAGGUUUCAUCAGAGGAAAUGACCAUUAGUGCCCUUGAGGCUCCUCAGAAACCUAAUGAGAUGGAAGAGAAAGAACAAAUAGCAGAGGCAGAAAAGGUACUGAAAGUGCCUCAAAAAGCUGAUGAGGUAUCUGAAGAGGUACCAUUAGAGGAAAUGGCCAUUUGUGCCCUUGAGGUUCCUCAGAAACCUGAUGUAAAAGAAGAGGAAGAACAAAUCACAGAGGCAGAAAAGGUACCGAAAGUGCUUCAAAAAGCUGAUGAGGUAUCUCAAGAGGUUCCAUCAGAGGAAAUGGCCAUUAGUGAUGUUAAGGAAGAGGAAGAACAAAUAACUGAGGCAGAGAAGAAACCAGCAGAGAUGCAUAAAGUUCAGGAGGUAUCUGAAGAGGUGCCCUCUGAGGAAUAUGCUGUAACUGCUCCUGACAUAUCUAAAAAGCAUGAAAUUAUUAUAAAGGAGGAAGAGAUUUCAGAAGUUAAAAGAGUCCCUGAGGUGCCUCUGAGGGUAGAAACAGUUUCAGAAGACAUACCACAUGAAGACAUUGUUGAAACUGCACCAGAAGUUCCUGAAAAACCAGAGGUGACCCGAGAAGAAAUAACAAUCAUGCCUGAAGCUGAAACAUUUGGCAAGGCACCUUAUGAAGAAAUAACAUUUAUUGUGCCAGAAUUGCCCCAAAAGCCAGUUUCAGAUGGUACAAAGGUCCCUGAAGCUGCUAGAAGACCAGAAAUGGCACAAGAAGUGGCUGAUCUUCCAGAAGAGAGAUUUCUCAAAGGGGAUGAGUUUGAAGUCUCAGUACCCAAAGAAGAGAAACCAGAAGAAGUGGAAGCCCAGUUUAAGAUUCCUGCUGAAGAAAAACCUGAAGAUGUCCAAGCCGAAAUUAAAAUUCCUAAGAAAGAGAAAUCUCCGGAACAAGAACUCUCAGAGAAGGAGAGACUGGUGGUCAAAGAUGAAGAGAAAGAAGUUGCAGAAGAGAAGGAGUUAGCUGAAAUCACUGAAGAAACCAAAGACAUUGAGAGUACAAGACUCUAUGUGGCUGUAGCUAACUAUGAAGCAGAAUCAGAUGAAGUUAUGUCCCUCCACCAGGGUGAGCUAGUUGAGGUCCUUGACAGCAGCAGGGACACCUGGUGGCUAGCCAGAAAACAAGUGGACAAAAAGGAGGGUUGGGCCCCAGCUAUGUAUUUGCAAGCCAAACCUGACUAUGAUGAGAGAAUCAAACAGCAACUUACUAAGAAAAUUGAUGAGAUACCUGUUGAAACAGCUGAAGAAUUCACGGGAGAUCUUGUAGCACCAUAUUUUGUGACCCAAUUAGAAACCAUGCGUGUGAAGGAUGGUGCUGUGGCUCGCUUCGAGUGCCAGAUUGAAGGGUCUCCCAGACCCACAGUUGUUUGGUACAGGGAAAGCACUGAGAUCAAGCCAUCUGAUGACUUCAAGCUCCUUCAUGAAGAGGACAGGUGUUCCCUGAUUAUUAAAGAGACUUUCCCUGAAGAUGCUGGAAGAUACACUGUGGUUGCUAAGAAUGUUGCUGGUGUUGUCCAACAAACUACAGAACUCUUCAUUGACACUCCACUUUCUGGCAGAACAUCCCCAUCCAGAAGCAGUGUUUCUAGAGAAUCCACUGCCGGUUCUGAAGCUGACUAUGUGGCUCCAUCCAUUACACAGAAACCCAAAUUCCAGACAGUUAAUGAAGGCGAGACUGUCACAUUUGAGUGUAGAUUGGUGGCAGUCCCUACUCCAGAGAUCACCUGGUUUAUCAAUGACCAGCCAUUAGACCUAGAGGACACUCGCUACAGGCUGACUGUAAGAAGUGAUGUCCACAUGUACACUGCAGCUCUCACUAUACGAGAUGUCACACUCAAUGAUGCUGGCACAUACAAAAUUGUUGGAAGCAAUGAUGAGGGUGAAACUGGGGUUGCAGUUUCCCUCAUUGUCAACAAAGUAAAAGAUGAAAAGAAAGACUUCCGUGACCAGCUAGAACACAAAGAGGGCGUCGAGCUGAAGGUGGCUCCAGAGGAGAUAGCUACGCCUGAAGCUGAACAGUUAGAUUUCAGAGGACAACUCAAGACUGAAGUGAAAACAAAGGUUGGAGUCAAAUAUGAAGUGGAGCAACUUGAUUUCAGGUCCCUGCUCAAAAAAGCAUCAGUUAAAUCAAAGAAAUUCGAGACUGACCUGGUCCCUACCGAAGAGGUCCAGCCUGAGGAGAAACCAGAGGCUGACCAGGUGGACUUCAGGGCAGUUCUCAAACCUGCUGAACAGGAGGCUGUGGAGGAAGAGACACCUACCAUUAAAGCCCCAGAAUUCCUCAUUCCCCUCUCUGACUUAAAGGUCAAUGAGGGUCAGCAAGCCCGCCUGGACUGCCAAGUGAUAGGCAACCCACCUCCUGAUAUAGUUUGGUACCACGAGGAGGAAGCAAUUGAGGAAGGGGACGUCUACCAGCUGGAAUGGGGUGAGGAGGGUGCAUAUUCUCUGAUCCUCAAUGAGGCUUUCCCCGAGGACUCUGGAGAAUACACUAUCAAGGCCAUCAAUGAGCUGGGCCAGACAAGGUCUACUGCUGUGCUCACUGUAGAAGCCCUGUUUGUAGAUGAAAAGCCUGCAGCUCCAGCAGAACAGAUUGAGGAAAUCCCUCAGGGUCCUGAAGCUGAAGAAGCAGCUGUAAAGAUUCAGGCAGCCUUUAGAGGCCACUUGGCCAGAGAGGAAGUGAAACAUUUGAAGGAAGAACAGGAGCAGGUCACUGCAGAGAUUGAGCUUCCUAGUGCACCAAAGGAAGAGGAAGCAGAAUUUGUCUUGAGGCCAGAAGAUAAGCCAGAGGAUGUUGAGGCUGAACUCAAAGUGCCGGAGGAACAGCAAGAAGAGGUGGAACAGGAAUUUGUUCUUCAGAAGCCUGAGGAAGAAGAGGUACCAGUUGAAGUCACAGUUCCUGUAGAAGCCCCUGUAAUUGUGGAGAAACCCGAGGAACAGGAAGUGACAGAGGGUACCACUGUGGAGAUUGUCUGCAAGGUGAAAGGUCAACCCAAACCAGAGAUUAAAUGGCUUCAAGAUGAUUCAGAGAUCCAGCCCAGUGAGCAUUUCACCAUGUCAGUGCAGGAAGAUGGCACUGCCUCUCUCACCAUUGUGGAAGCUACCUUGGAUGAUGAUGCUGAAUACACCUGUGUAGCCACCAAUGAGGCUGGUACCACACAGGCCAAGACUGAGCUGUUUGUCAAUCCUUUAGGUGAAAAGCCUUCCUUCCCAAGCAAGCUUGAGGAUGUGGAGGUGGAUGUAGGCAGCACCAUUACACUGGAGUGCACAGUGCAUGGUGAGCCCCAACCCAAGAUUACAUGGCUCAAGGAUGGGGUGAAGAUCUCCGAGAAAAAAUACAAGUCUGAGUUUGACACUGAGACUGGUGUGGCGAGACUGACAAUCCCAGAAUGCUCUCCUGAUGAUGAGGGUGACUUCACAGUCAAAGCCAUCAAUGAUCUGGGCACUGCAACCUGCGCCUCUAUGGUCAUCAUCAUGACAGAGGCACCAGAGUUUGUCCAGCCAAUCGAAGACCAGAAAGCUGCUGUCAAGACCACAGCACGCUUUGAGUGCCGUGUGACUGGAAAACCAGCUCCAACUAUAAGGUGGUUUGCUGGGCAAGUAGAGCUAGCAGACAAUCACAAAUUCAAAACAAAACAGGAGGAUGACAUGGCCAUCUUAGAAAUUCACAAUGUGUCGCUGGACGAUGCUGACAUGUCGUACACUGUCAGAGCAUACAACGUGGCUGGAGAGGCAUCCAUGACUGCCAACCUAGCAGUGGAAGAAAAAGAAAAAGAAGUAGUGGAAGAGAAACCUGAAACUGGUGUAGCUCCAGAGUUUGUUCUCACCAUCAAAUCAACCAAGGUUACAGAGGGGCAAACAGCAGACUUCAGCUGCAAGGUAACAGGUGAACCCACCCCAACCUUGCACUGGGUCUACAAUGAUAAGGAACUGGAAGAUGAGGGCCGAUUCAUGAUAUUUGAGGAAGAAGAGCACCAUCACCUGGAGAUUUACGAUGUGGUACCAGAGGAUGCUGGCACCAUCAAGGUCACAGCUGAGAACACAGCUGGGUCAGCUUCCUGCACUGCUACUCUAGAUGUAGAAGAAAAACCCAAAGAUAUACCCACUCCUCCCAAGUUCAUCGUGAACAUUCAGACCACAGAUGCCACAGUGGGAGAGCAGGCCAGUCUGAGGUGCCAGGCCAAGGGAGUGCCCACCCCUACACUGGUCUGGUACAAAGAUGGACGUGAAAUUAGACCUGGAGAUAACAGGUACACUAUCUCCUAUGAUGAAGAUAGUACCACCACCUUAAUGGUGAUAGAAGUGGUGAGAGAUGUGGCUGGUACAUACACCUGUGAGGCCACCAACAAGGCUGGUAAAGAUACCACCACAGGAGACCUUAAUGUACAUGAAGUACCUAUCCAGGAAGUCCCAGAGGAGGAAGUGGAGGAGAUGGUUGCUCCAGUAAUAGUGAAGAAACCUGAUCAGCUUACUGUCAAUGAAAAAGACAGGGCUGAGUUUAUAUGUAAAAUCACUGGCACCCCUGCUCCACAAGUAACUUGGAGCAAAGGAGAUGAAGAGCUCACAGACACCAACAAAUACCACAUAGAAGAGUAUGAAGAUGUGUACUGUUUUGAGAUCAACCAAGCUAUAAAAGAAGACACAGGGGAUUAUACUUGUACUGCUAGAAAUCCUGCUGGAGAGACAACAUGCACCAUCCCCCUUACUGUCAAAGCUGUCCCGAGUGAAGAGCUAGAAGAAGUGCCACCCAAGGUCCCUGAGAAGGAGGAAGAUCUGUCCAAGUCGCCAUUGGUACUCAGACAUGCAGAACAGACCAAAGCUCCAGAGUUCUCUCAGACUUUACAAGAUGUGAUCCUAAUGGAAGGAGAUCAACUUGAGCUGCAGUGUGCAGUGAGUGGUGUACCUAGACCAGAGGUGGCAUGGGACAGGGCUGGCAAGACUCUUGUUCCCACCAAAGUAAUGUCCAUCUCACAUGAAGAGGACAUGUGCACUCUAACCAUCAGUGAGGUCACAGUUGACCAGGCUGGACAGUACACAUGCACAGCAGUCAACUCUGCAGGCAAGGCCAUAUGUACAUCAGAGGUCAGAGUACAGGAGAGACCAGAGGCUCCUGAGUUUGUGCGUCCACUGGAAAAGAGAGUGGUCAAAGAGGGCAAGCAGGUCAAGAUGGACUGUGCUGUGAAGGGAAAACCAACACCAGAGAUCACGUGGUUGCUCAAUGAUACACCCAUUGAAGCUUCCAAGAGGGUUGUCCUUGACAAACGCCCCACUGAUGAAGAGACUGUUCUUACUAUGACAAUUAAUGAGGCAGUCCUAAAGGAUUCUGGGACAGUGUCUGUCACUGCCGUCAACCCUGCUGGAGAAGUGAAGACAUCUGCAGAAUUGAUUGUUGAAGCUGCAGAAAUUG